CGAUUUUCAAAUGAAUAAAAAUACCUUUCGAUGAAGGUACUCUAGUAGGUACCUCGUUUUUACAGUAAAUUUUUUCAUUUGAAUCUCGAAUCAGUGCACAAUAUAGGAACGAUAUUUUCCAACAAAUACGUUGUUAUAUUAGCAACAUGUAUUCUGCAGUGAUACCACGUUGAAUAAAAAAAAAAAUCGCCAUGAGCCAUGACGUUAGCUCAGUUCAUAUAUUCAGUUCCGUUCGUUCAGUACCAUUUUCUAUUCCUUUGGUCUUGGUCCCAUUCUCAAUAUAUUAAUUUAGAAAUGCUCGCAUUAGAAGAGCUUAAGGAUGUAAGAAUAAGAAGAGCCGAAGCUGAAAAACAGCUAGCAGAAGCUAAAAAACAGCGAGCAGAAGCUGAAAAACAGCGAGCAGAAGCUGAAAAACAGCGAGCAGAAGCUGAAAAACAGCUAGCAGAAGCUAAAAAACAGCGAGCAGAAGCUGAAAAACAGCGAGCAGAAGCUGAAGCUGAGAAGAAACGAUUAGAAGAAGCAUUGCGGUCCCAACAAGCAGAAACAGAUAAAAUUAAAUCGACUAGGUACUUCAUCCCAACAAGCAGAAAUAGAUAAAAUUAAAUCGACUCCUUCAUGGUUUGGCCGGCUCUUCUACAAAUAAGAAGAAAAUCCGACAAAUGUUCUUUGCUGCCCAAGCUGAUGCCUUACGGUACUUAAUGAAUUAGUUGUUUUUAUUAAAAAUCUUCUUGUAAGAUGUUCUUUUCUGUUAAGAUAAUGCCUUGUACAGUACAACAGUAGGUACUUAAUAAAUGAACUGUUUUUAUUUAAAA